CAAGCAUCGUCGGCGUGCCGACCGCACCUUAAGCUCUUCGAUGCCGAGCUGCGAUACCAGCCGACCAGAUGAGCGAGUCUGUGAAAGUGGCGGUGAGAUGCCGUCCCAUGUCCCAGAAAGAGCUGCAACAGAAGUGUCGGAGCGUGGUGACGGUGGACAGCGGCGCGCGAAGCUGCAGCCUGUCGGACGCGAGCGGCGGGCCCGCGAGCGGCGGCAAGGUGUACCAGUUCGACGCGGCCUUCGGGCCGCAGGCCAGCACCGAGGCCGUGUACGAGGAGGUGGGCUCGUACGUGGUGGAGGCGGUGCUGGAGGGCUACAACGGCACCGUCUUCGCCUACGGCCAGACGGGCUGCGGUAAGUCGCACACGAUGCGCGGCUUCAUCGAGCGCGCGCUCGAGCACCUGUUCGAGGCCACCUCCACGGCCAGCCAGGACACCAGGUAUCUGGCGCUGCUCACCUACCUGGAGAUCUACAACGAGAAGCUGCGCGACCUGCUGCAGUCGCACGACCACCACGACGGCCAGCUGCAGCUCAAGGAGGACCCGGUGCGGGGCACCUACGUGGCGGGCGGACUGCGCGAGGUGACGGUCAAGGACGCCCGCGAGUGCACCAGGCUGGUGGAGCUGGGCGACCGGCGGCGCGCGGCCGCCGCCACCAAGAUGAACGCCGCGAGCUCGAGGAGCCACGCCGUGCUGACGGUCUCGCUGGAGGCCAUCGCGAUCGGCGCCAACGCCGGCGGCGCGAGCGCCGUGCGCCGCGGCCGACUGCACCUGGUCGACCUCGCGGGCUCCGAGCGCCAGGGCCGCACCGGUGCCACCGGCGACCGGCUGAAGGAGGCCGCCAGCAUCAACCUCAGCCUGUCGGCCCUGGGCAACGUGAUCAGCGCGCUGGCCGCCGGCAACGGCCGACACGUGCCCUACAGGGACAGCAAGCUGACGAGGCUGCUGCGGGACAGCUUGGGCGGCAACGCGCGCACGCUCAUGAUCGCGUGCGUGAGCCCGAGCGACGCGGACGCGGAGGAGACCCUGAGCACUCUGCGCUACGCGGCGCGCGCCCGCUGCAUCAAGAACAAGCCCGUCGUCAACGAGGACCCCAAGGACGCCCUGCUGCGCCAGUACCAGCUCGAGCUGCAGCGGCUGCGCAAGCUGCUCGAGUCGAGCGAGAGCAGCCGGGACUCGAGCGGCUGCGACGGCGACGAGGUGGAGCGGCUGCGCCGCGAGUGCGAGCACUCCACUUCGGCGGCGCAGAGGCUGCAGGAGGAGGUGCGCUCGCUGAGGAGCCAGUGCCAGAGCGGCGCCGCCAACGUACUGGUGAUAGACUCGUCGCCGUCGAAAAGCAGCGAGGAGGCUCUCGAUCCCGAGCGCGCCGAGCGUCGUCAGCGAAAACGCGAGGCCGCCAAGCAGGAAGUCCUCAAGCGACUGGAGAGAUUGACGAUCGGCGGCGAGGCGCUGGGUGACGUCGAAAUUCGCCGGCGACGGGAGCGCAGGAGAAAGAGACUGCAAGCGCUGGCGGAGGCUCUGGAGAGGAGCAGUCAGGAGGGCACCGGCUGCGCCUUCGAGGUCUACGGCCAGCUCAAGUCCACCGAGGAGGCGCUCAAGAAGAUGGCCAAGAGAGCCAAGCAGCUCGAGGCCGAGGUCGCCGACAUGCAGGCGUCCUGGGACGAGGAGCGCCACGAGCUGCUGCGCCGCGAGCUGCUCACCCAGCAGAUCUGCGAGGCGAUGAUGCCGCACCUGCGUCCGGGCUGCCCGCUGCGCGACAUCGCCGCUAUCAGGGCGGCGGCGUCGUGGUGCACGGAGCUGGGCCGCUGGCGGCUGCCCGACAUCUCGUCGCGCGUGCCGCUGCCACCCGCGGCCGCGCUCAAGACCCCGCCGCCGGCCGAGCCCAAGGCCGACGUGAACAACAACAACAACGUCCCGACCGCCAGCGGUGGCAACGACGCCAGCCUGGACGAGGAGAGCGCGGGCGAGGAGCGCGAGACCAACAUCGCCGACGUGUACUUCAAGCGGAGCCGCGUCGACAAGAUCCUCCAGCGCGUGCGGGAGGUCAAGUCGUUCGACACGGCGAGUCGGCUGAGCAGGUCGGGCGGCUCGUCGGAGGAGCCGCAGCCUCUGGCGUCGAGUCAGCUGGCGCUGCAGCAGCCGGUGCAGUUGGGCUCCCUCGGCACGCUUAACGGCGCCUCGACUCCGCCCCGGCUAAUCGGCGCUUGGGUACAGUCCGACGACGUCGUGCCGACAACCAUCAACGGCGACUUCUUCAAGCGACAGCAGCAGCAGCAGCAGCAGCAGCAACAGCAGCAUCCGCGCAUCCUCGAGGCGCUGCACCCGGCCAGCCACCGGCUGCCCAACCCCAUAUCUUGAAUGGUCAACUGGUCGCCUGACUCGUCGUACAUCUCUCUUGUUUAUUUGAAAUCGUUCAAGUGCCUUUUAUACAAGCAUGUACAUAUUACAAAGAUAGUUAAUAAAAGCGACGACGAUCCGAGUGCUGGCAACUCGAUCGUGCAGGAAACGAAGGGAAACGGUGGAUCGGCGAUGGUCGUCGUUGCAGCGAUAUCGGCGCCGCUCGAUAAUGGAAGAAAAACAAAAGGGAAAAAAGAAAACGAACGCGGCGGUUGGCGGAAGCGAAAGCUGCCAGAUGCGAGCGGCAGAUAAGCGGGCGGCGAUCGAAAUCCUCGUCCAUUAUAACGCGCCGCGCGCGUACGUGCACGUUGCGAAAGAGUGCCGCCUUGGGCGCGCACGCGCUCAUUAUCCUGCGCAAUAUCCUCCGCGUAUGCGCUUGUCCGCGAAGGCCGCGCGCCAUGCAAAUGUCGCGCGCGGAGAUAAGCGCCGCAACGGCCGACGUCUGGCUAUGUCGACGACAAACCGCAGCUGUGAAUACACUAGUUAUAAGAUUUGUGAAUAAAAAGAGAAUAAAGCGACAUGAGUACAAAGUCUCGGCCUACAUACAGUCAUUCAGCGCGCUCACGCAUCCCGCCUCGGAGCAGGUUCGUCCGCUUUAGCUCGUAAAAGGGGCAGCGAGCGUGAAAGUCCGCAGCGCGCGCGCGGCAAACUCCACGAGAGAAGAUCAUGCGAUCCAGGC